GUGCAUCCGUCAGAUCUUUAUGCGUGCUUUGAAAACACCGCCUGAAUGGGAGGGCCUCCUCCUGCAAAAAUAAAGGGUUUUUUUGAUCUCUGCGGGCUCCCGUUGUUUGAAGAACAUUUCCCGGGGAGAUAAGGUAGUGCUAUUUAUUUGCGUUACUAUUACGGAGGAGUUUGAUCCCGUGCCAAAGGCUGCUCUCUCCCCAGAAGCUGCGGCGGCGUGUCCUUCGAUGUGCCGAGGAGUGCGUGCGGCCGGAGAGGAGCAGCCUGGCGCGGCAGCGCCCGCCUAGAUGACAGUGCCGGGGCGAGAGCUGCCGUCCCACCGCAGCGCCACCACCGCCGCCAUGCCCAAGCAGGAUGACAGCAAGAAGCUGCCCUCGGAGAUGGCGCCGGACCAGCGCUGGAAGCUGCAGGUCUUCUACCUGUGCUUCUACGGGUUCAUGACGCAGAUCCGGCCCGGGGAGAGCUUCAUCACCCCCUACCUGCUGGAGCCCGACAAGAACUUCACACGGGAGGAGGUGACCAACGUGAUCACGCCGGUGCUGAGCUACUCCUACAUGGCGGUGCUGGUGCCCAUCUUCCUGCUGACGGACUACCUGCGCUACAAGCCGGUGCUGGUGCUGCAGAGCCUGAGCCACAUCUCCAUCUGGCUGCUGCUGGUGCUGGGCACCUCCGUCCUGGCCAUGCAGCUGAUGGAGUUCUUCUACGGCGUCACCAUGGCCGCCCGCAUCGCCUACUCCUCCUACAUCUUCUCCCUCGUCGCCCCAUCCCGCUACCAGCGCAUGGCCAGCUACUCCCGCUCCGCCGUCCUCCUGGGCGUCUUCACCAGCUCGGUGCUGGGGCAGCUCUGCGUCACGCUGGGCGGCGUCCGCUUCCUCACCCUCAACUAUGUCUCCCUGGGCUUCGUCACCUUCAGCUUCCUCCUCACCCUCUUCCUGGAGCGGCCCAAGCGCAGCCUCUUCUUCAAACGGCCCGAGGGGGCUUGCAACGGGGCUGCGCCCACCGAGCUGGACAAGAUGGCCGGGGGGGACGGCGGCGGGGCGGCGGGGGGCUGGCGGGACAUGGUGCUGUGCCGCAUGCUGCGGGAGGUGUGCGCCCUGGCCAAGCAGUCCCAGCUCCAGCUCUGGUCCUGCUGGUGGGUCUUCAACUCGGCCGGCUACUACUUGGUGCUGUACUACGUGCAGAUCCUCUGGAAUGAGAUCUACCCGGCCAAGGACAACCGCCGGGUGUACAACGGCGGGGUGGACGCCGCCUCCACGCUGCUGGGGGCCAUCGCCUCCUUUGUGGCCGGCCAUGUGAAGAUCCGCUGGGCACUGUGGUCGGCGCUGGUGAUCGGGUUGGUGACGGCCGUCCAGGCGGGGCUGCUGAUGCUCAUGAAUACCACCAGCAACAUCUGGCUGUGCUACGCUGCCUACGUCUUCUUCCGUGGCUCCUACCAGUUCCUGGUGCCCAUCGCCAUUUUCCAGAUUGCUGCCUCCCUUUCCAAAGAGCUCUGCGCACUCGUCUUUGGGGUCAACACCUUCUUUGGUACGGUGCUGAAGACCAUCAUCACCAUCAUCGUGGCCGACAAGAGGGGCUUGGGCCUCUCCGUGCAUCCCCAGUUCUAUGUGUACUUUGGCUACUUCACACUGCUGGCAGCAGCCUACCUGAUAGUGGCCAUCGUCGUGGGCAUCCGGCACAGCUGCCGCGCGCAGCCACCAGAGCCGGUCCCCGCCACGGCUCUGGUGCAGGAGAAGAGCCCGGAGGCAGAUGCCACGGAAGCCUGAGCGUCAGCACCCAGCCAGGCAGGACGGAUGGAGAGAUGUAUGGACAGACGGACGGACGGGCUCCCUUGGCAUGGCGCCUGGCCCUGGCAGCGGGUCAUGGCUCGGUAAAUGAGUGUCACCACCACCAGCGUGUGCUUCGCCUCCCACUGCGCUGGUGGUCCUGGGGAUGCAGGGACCCACCUUCUGCCCCAGCUGGGGCCGGGGGCUGUGCUGCCCAGAGCUGGGUGCAGAGGAGGAUGCUGGCAUAGUGCAGAGCCAGCAACAAGCCCCGAGGUUUGUUCUUCCCACCUCUUCUUGAGGCCCCAAACACGACCAGAGCAGAGGCAGAGUGCCCGCAGCAGCACCACCAGGUACCACGCGAGGGGAGCGGUGGGGGUCCAGGGGGUCCCGGGCACCAGCUCCCCAUCGUCCUGCAGAGCUGUGUGGAGCCAGGCUACAAGAGGAUAACGUUUCUUUAUUCAGUGCCUUUAGAAAAUGGUUUAUGGGACACAACGGACAAAAAAUAUAAAGAUCCACAGGCUUUAAAUUGCAUUAAUUACACAAAAUACAGUAGACUGUAAGAAAUAGAGGCCGUGUGACUCACACAGCUUUUAUGGUAAUAAUUUCCAUACAAUAAUAAAAAGCUAGUUACAGAUUUA